AUGAAGUGUGAUUUUAUUAUAACGACCGUGGGUUUGUUGGUCCUAGCGACAGUAGCCUUAGGACUGGAGAAUGGUUUAGCGCGAAAGCCACCAAUGGGCUGGAUGAGCUGGGAACGAUUCCGGUGUAUUACGGAUUGUAAAAAAUAUCCAGAUGAGUGUAUCAGUGAACAGCUCUUUAUGCGGAUGGCCGAUUUAAUGGUGUCGGAGGGUUAUCUAGAGGCUGGAUAUGAUUAUGUGAACAUCGACGACUGCUGGCUCUCAAUGGACAGAGAUGCUAGCGGGAGACAGAUUGCUGAUCCAACACGUUUUCCCAGUGGAAUCAAGCAUCUGGCGGAUUAUAUUCAUUCAAAGGGUCUGAAGUUUGGUAUGUAUCAGGACAUCGGAACUAAGACAUGUGCUGGGUAUCCAGGCAUGAAAGGCUUUUUUGAAAUUGAUGCUCAAACAUUUGCUGAGUGGGAUGUAGACUUCAUAAAGAUCGAUGGAUGCUACGCAGAUGAGCUCGAAAUGGUCAACGACUACAUACUGUUUGGAGAGCUCAUGAAUAAAACCGGCAGACCAAUAUUAUACUCGUGUAGUUGGCCAGUUUAUCAAGAAUACAACGGAAUUAUUCCGAAUUACGAGAUCUUGAAAAACACUUGUAAUAUGUGGCGUAACUGGGGUGAUAUUGAAGACUCUCACAGUUCAGUGGAAACCAUCACACGCUACUUCUCGGACAAUCAAGAGCGUAUUCAGCCCCACUCAGGACCAGGUCAUUGGAAUGAUCCAGACACACUCGUUUUAGGAAAUUAUGGCCUUAGCUACGAACAGAGUAAAUCACAGUUGGCUGUGUGGACAGUGCUGGCAGCGCCUCUGCUCUUAUCCAAUGAUCUUGCCACAGUGACACCGGAAGUAAGAAGUCUUCUCUUAAACAGACAGAUAAUAGCAGUGAAUCAAGAUAUUCUUGGCAUACAAGGAUUGCUAGUCAAAACAAUAAAUAGAAUUGAGAUUUGGAAACGACCGAUACUGCCCAGAGUGAAAGAUGAAUUGACGCAAGCUAUUGCUUUUGUUAGCCGUCGAGCGGAUGGAGCUCCCUAUGCCGUUAGUGUGAAAUUGGUAGAUGAUCUCGGACUCAGUAACAGUACUUACAUAAAAGGAUAUGACGUCAUUGACCUCUUCAAUGCGGACCGCAAACCAUUUUUUGUUCGCGCGGAUAGCCACUUUGAAACACGCAUCAAUCCGACAGGAGCCAACUUCUACAAAUUUGUUCCAAAAUUGAACAUUAUUCUGCGUGGUAUUACUGAUAUAGAUAAUUAAACCGAAGGUCAAAUAAUGUCCAA